GGUAGAUACGAAGCGACUAAUCACUCAGAUGAAAAAUGAGACUGCGUCAACAGACGCUGUUCUUCGCGCUGUCCUUUCUCUUUCUCAGCGAUUGGAAGAUGAUGCCUCCGCUUUUGAUUUCGGCACGGUCUUGGAGAGCUCUUUGUUUCUCUUAGGGCAGGAUCGCAGCGACAUAGUGAUAGCAGCGGCCGCCGGCUUGGUGUUUCGAGUCUUGUUUUCAUCCAAUCGAGAUGGUGAAAGCCCGAGUAAGGAUGCUACUGACUUGAAAAUCGACCGGCGCCUGAUCAACCGAAGCGUGAACAAGAUGCUGAGUGCUUGCGAACGCAGUCUCCAGAGGGACGCAGAAUCAGCUGACAACUCGAAUACGUCUAUGGAGCCUUGUGCAAAGCGACGCAAGGUGGGAGCAAAUGUUGAGGGAAACCCGGACCACAGCGCUCAUGUGCAGCCAGAUUUGUGUCUUCGGAGACCAGAUUUUUUGGCGCCAGUCUUGCAGCGACAAGUCGCACAAGCUGGUCUUUUGCUGUUCUCGUCGGACAAAAUGCGGCUCUUUGCAGCAUCAGCACAGCAGCAGCAAAACGCGGGAGUCGCUGGCGUGGACUCGUUGCAGUCGCUGUUGCUCCGUCUAGCCGUCUCUCCUCAGGGCGAAGAGAACGCGCGCGAAACGGCAAUUGCGGCACUGCUGCGUUCUCCCCCGGGAACACGCCAAGGCUUGCUGCCGGCGUUGCUUGAAAUCGCAACAGCGCGAACGCUAACCGUGCGUGCGCUUAUGGAGUCCUUUCCUUCCGGGUCCAACGCCACGGAAUUGUUUUCGGCAACUACUUCUGUUUCGUCGAACGAGAAAGUCUUGCUCGGUCGGUUAGCCGAUGCGGAGGCCUCCCUUGUAGCCUGUGUCCAUUUGCUCAACUCUGUACUAGCAGGUGCUAGAACCCAAGACGUGACGCUUGACGACUUUUUCGUGCUCGUCGAGCUUCUCUCACCUGCAAUCAUUGACGGCACGCUAACAAAUAUCCGACAAGCAGCCCUUCAGAAUAUCAUCCCGACCGGUUCCAGGAACGGGUGUCUCCGCUCUGCAAUUUGUGUCUUUGUGGCGACGCUCGUUCGCAAAGCGGGAAAGCGGGGCCAGGGCUUUGUAGCGACCAAUGUUUUAACACCGUUGUUAGAUCUCACGGAGUCGUGUGCGGAAGUUGCAAAUUUGCUAGAGGUUCUUUUAGAAGAACACGCUAGCUUAUUCCUAGAGAAGCGGAUUGUUCGACGAUGCGCUGUGCACCUGCAUAACCUAGGCGACAGACUGCGAGACAGUACUCUUACACUCAGUCAUGAUUGAUUGCGAUUAGUUAUUUGUUUAUGUGAAAAUUUGUUUCGUUUGUUUUUGGUAGACUUGACCAAAAGAUUUUCUCAUUCAAUCUUUGCAACAAAGAUUUUUCCCAAAGCACGAACCCUAUUUGCUUCCAGGUUUCAACACCCGCAAGUCCAUGGUAACCGCAGAUGAUGCGGACGAGCAACCGAGUCUUUUUCAUAAAGGAGCCAGAGACAUUGCGGAAAGCCUGGUCGCACAUCUUCGCUUCUUUCGCAAGUUGCAGGAUUCCUGGGUAUUCCCCACGCUUGAAAAAAGCGCCCUCGCGCGCGUUCACGUGAUGCUCCUGCAACUAGUCUUCGAAAACCCGACUCUGCGAGAAGAUGUCACGCUGGGCUGUCUCUCCGUUUUCGAAACUAAAACGGAGCCUCAUUUGCGACCCUGCUUUCUUGGAGUCCUUAACUGCUGCGCAGCGGUGCAUUCCUCACUAGUAGUUCGCAGACGUGCAGUGCAGAUGCGCGCGGAACUCGCAAAGAACUUCGGAGCGAGCGAUUGGGGAAGGCGCGACCAGGUAUAUAAUUAUUUACGCUGAUGUCUUUACUCAUGCUCGUCUGCAACGAACUUCAUACUUGUUCAUCGCUACAUUGCAAAGACUCGGACGGAUCGUUCUCUGCACUAAUUUCUGUACAUAUGUCUUUCAUCAGAUACAGUAUAACCUAACUUUCUCUCGCAACAUUUUUCACAUGUUGAUCUUGCAUGAAAACAGUUGUCGGCCAACGACGAGACUUACAUUCCGGCACUGCUGCGAGGCUUGCGUGAGGCGCGUGAGGCUUUGAUCGACGAACGAGAUGAAAUGAACGAAAGCGCUGCUUUAGUUUCUGCUGAGACGCAAACGCCGUCGGUUUUGACCGCGGAGGCAGUGGCGCAAACAACUGCUCCCCCAACCGUAGACGGUGGUGCACAGACAGCAUCCGGUGUCACUGUCGAUGGCGGUGUGCAGACUGCUAUCUCAACAUCUCCGUCGUCGUCUGGUGGUGGUGGUGUCUCAUCUGGAGGAGCGGUAGAGACCGCCGAGUGCGGCGCGCAGACGUUGCUGCUGGAGACCAAGGAAGAGACAGUACAGACGCAAUCAGUUGCGGUUGACACAAAGCGCACGUCGACAACGUCUCUGCUUGCAGUGGAAGCAUCAACGGAAAUCAUGGCAAAAGGUGAUGAAGGAGAAGAAAAAGAAGUAAUUGCAAUUCCUGGAGCAGAAACGUCUAACGAAGGAACGCUCGAAGCCACAGAACAACAAUCAGUGAGCGCUUUGGCGCAGGUACUUUCUGAUGAAACUGCUUUUGUCAAAGCGGAGGAAAUAAGCGGAGCCAAGUCUCCGGCAGUUGAACGUGCAUCACAGAGCAAUAGCGACAUUACACCGCGGCUGUCCCAAGGGACACGCUCCGUCUCCGACAAUAUGGAGUCAGAUGUUGGCACUCCUACGCCUGUUUCGCAAGGGACCGCAGAGCGUAAAGCGAUGAGAGGUGAAGAUGCAGAUGCGCCGUCGCCACAAGCAGUUGAACAAGAGGAGCAAGAGGGCGAUGUGAGUCUCGAAGACGCUGAUCAAGAUGAAGCGGGAAAAUCAGCAGAAGUUGCCGCAGACGAAAAGAAUUCGCAGGAAGAAAAAGUAGAACAAACGACCAGCGACAUGGCUUUCGAUCAAGUAGUUGUAGAGCAAGUGAAAGAUGAAAAUGUUGAAGCCCCCGCCCCAAUUGCACUAGAAGUUGAGGAAAAAAGCAGCCCCUCCUCCAGUUCAUACAAGGUUGAAGAACAAAUGAAAGAAGCAGUUGAGAACAAAGCGUCGGAACAAGGAACAUCGUUGACUUUACCGCUAGACAGUUCCACUGGACAGGAGGCAGAUGCCGCGGAGCAGGAUGAGAGGGAUAGACUUUGGGAAGAGAUGGCGCCCGACUGGGAAGACAGCGACUCUGAACUACCAGCUCUCUGUACGGAAGGACCUGAUGCAGAGUCAUAAGUUUUCAACACUUUCUUUUGCUACAUGAAGAUUCGAAUUUAAGUAGCUGGUUUUAAUAUAUAGUCCUCCCACUCAUCAAGUAUGCGCGUUGUGUUUCGAUUAAGUUGCUGCUGGUGGUUCUGCAACACCGUGAUGCGGAGGAGGUGUUGAUUUCGGAAGAUCUAAACGACUGCUUAUUUUCAACAACGAUUGAUGCCCUCGAAUUCUUACACACAUAUUAUCGAUCUAGAAGUUCUUAUCCCGCAGAUCCUUCGAUCAAUCUUCAUCAACGUUCUUCGGCGCGACGGUGAUUUCUUGUUCUUACCGCUUUUAUUUGCUCUCGAAUAUCGUGAUGCCAGUUAUCCGUGGACGAUCUCACGAACAGAAUUUCGAAAGAAAUCUAAGUUCGGUCAAAGUUUAAAAAGAUGUAGUCCCCGAGAAUUGUAAUUUUUUACAAAAGAACACGUUCAUGAACAUAAAAAAGCGACUCUUCCUGCUAUGCAAAGAAAAGGAUUCCUUUUCAUCCCUCUGAAACAUGCCGUGCACGAGCAAGAGAAAGAUCAUUCGAAUCAACCAUGCGAAGACUCCAG